GAUUUGAUACUGGAGCUGAUAAUGGCAUGGCCUGAACUUGAGCGGCUGAGUUUGCGCUCCUCUCCAUGGAACACGGGGGCUCUCACGCUUAGCAGCCUACUUCUGCUGUUGAAGCAUAGUCCCGGGCUGAGAGAAAUAGAGAUUUUCUUUGACGCGACGUCUGUGCCUUCUACGGAUGAAUUUGGUGGUGAUUGGCCUUGCAAUAAAAACAUCAAGGAGAUCUAUCUGUCGGAUUCGAGUAUAGCGGACCCUUGUUCUGUGGUUGCCUUUCUAUGUGCUGUUCUACCCAAUCUAACUGGCAUACACUGCAACGACUUGGAUGUGAAGGACGUAGUGUCAGAAUGUUUUGAAAAACAAAGGAAGAGUGUGGGUGUAUGAUACAGGCCUUGAUACAGCGAAGGGAAAUUGGAAGGAAUCGAUGUCGGGGAAAUUGGAUGAUGAGACACUACAAGUGUUUUUCUUGUUGCGGGUUAGAUGAUUAAAUGUAUAUUAUAGU